GCUGCCCAAAGUAUUGGCAUAUUCACUAUCGCCUUCCCCGACCCGUACUCGAUAAACUACUACAACGAUAGAUUCGUCACUCUUGCACCAAACGUCUCCUUCCAAUACCCUAUAACGAGCAACAUCCAGACGCUGUCAUCAAAAGAUGUUGAGCGCGGCAACGAUCCGUAUGGCAUCCUCUUCGUGCCCGACCUCCGCUCGGAUGACUGCAAGAAGUCUGAGCUGGAGUACGUACCCGCAAACGCCACUCGUUUGAACAACUUGCCCUCCGAUUCCGACUACGCCCUCAUUGCAUUCGCUCCCUGGUUCUCGCCGCCAUGCAUGAUCGAGUACUUCCAAGCUGCGCGCACAUCGCCCGUCAAAGCCUUCCUCGUCUACCAGCCUGGUACUAGCAACACUAUGCCGCCUGUAAUGAACGAUGCGUCGUGGGGUCUCGGUGACGGCGGAAGCUGGAAAGUGGACAAUAAGUUCCCUACAUAUGUUCUUGCGUCUAUUAGCGGUGGUAUCAUCGCGGAGCAGUUGGGUCUAUACUCGGGAAACAUCACGGAUGCGCCCGAUGGCGAGGAGCUAGCCUCCGAGUUAAGUCCUACAGACUAUGUGCGGCUAUGGGCUACUGUCAAUACCGACCCGGGAAGCCAGCUCCCCAGCCUCUGGGUCUUCCUUGUCAUCGUGCUGGGUCUCCUGAUCAUCGUCAUCGGCGCCACCUCAGUGAUGAUGCAUCUCGUGCAGAGAAGACGGCGGAACAACCUUAGACACCGCGUCGUCAACGGCGAGGUGGAUCUAGAGGCUCUCGGAGUGAAGCGAUUGACUGUCCCGCGACAAUAUCUCGAAAAACUACCUUUAUAUACAUAUAGCGCGGGCCCGGAGGACGCGGAAAAGACGACUCCGCAGGUUCCGGCACAAACUCGCAAUCUACCCUCUCCCACAAUCGACGCCGAGACCGGACAGAAAGCGGCACCACUCAGCCGUCGACCGUCCGCCCCGACUGCUCCUACCACAAUCACCGUAAACGGGCCCACCUUUUCGCAGUCCACUUGUCCUAUCUGUCUCGACGACUUCGAACCCAACGAGUGCCAGGUACGAGAGCUUCCUUGCCGGCACAUCUUCCACGUCGACUGCAUCGAUCCAUUCCUUCUCAGCAACUCGAGUCUUUGCCCUAUGUGUAAGACAAGCGUUUUACCUGUCGGCUACUGCCCUCCGAGAAUAACGAAUGUUAUGGUCCGUCGGGAACGAAUGAUCAGGCGGAUGCGUGCACGCAGUGCGACGACUGCGGCAGCCACCGAGGGACAACCGCCGCCUUCGUCUACAACCAUGAGCCACCUUCCUGGAGUGCUCGGAUCGUUAGGUAGUCGCAUAGGUGGCCGAAGGUUCUUCAGUGCUCCGGUGACGUCCCAGUCACAGCAGACAGAUAUUGAAAUGGCUGGAGCUAUUCCGGCACCGACAGCGUCCAAUCCCACUGCUGGAGCAACUGCGGCGCCAGAGUCUGCUCCUGCAGCAGCCCAAACCCAAUCAAGCGGCGCAGCAGAAGACUCCCAGCCUCCUUCAUCUUCCGGCAAUCGGCGAGAGUGGGCACGGCAGCGUGCUAUGGCGUUGCUUGGGAAUCGGUCGGUACCAGGCGAGGCUGAAGACGACGAUAACACUGGUCCUCGCUGGAAGCGGGGCCUACGGAAGAUCUUCCCGGGGUUUAGGUAA